AUGACCCCGCAACCUGAACCUCAGCAUAUCUCCCCAGGUUGGGUCAUGCUAGGUCCGCCGCCGCUGCCUGCACUCAUUGGCCAGCGGGCUCCCUUCGUUCCCUGCGCGCUUGCACUGCGGUCGUGUACUUCAGCCGCAGAGCCGACAGCGAGAUCAGCAACCCCCGAUCCUCCAGACGGUGGUGUUGGAAAUGGUGGCAGCAGUGGCGUUGGAUAUGGUGGCAGCGGUGGCGUUGGAUAUGGUGGCAGCGGUGGUGUUGGAAAUGGUGGCAGCAGUGGUGUUGGAUAUGGUGGCAGCGGUGGCGUUGGAUAUGGUGGCAGCGGUGGUGUUGGAAAUGGUGGCAGCAGUGGCGUUGGAAAUGGUGGUAGUAUGGUGGUGUUGGGAAUGGUGGCAGCAGUGGUGUUGAAAAUGGUGGUGGUAGUGUUGUUGGAAAUGGUGAUGGUGUUGGCAGGGGUUGUUGGUGGUGGAAUUUAA